AGCCUAGGCCCGCGUCUCUGGUGAUUGAUUCCUAGGUAGUGGCCACGGCCUCGUGUUGCCUGCUCCAAAUCGCCUUCUUGUACCAAUCCACGCAUAACAAGAACGUGAUGCUAGGUCCUAACGUUUCUUCUCUUGUUUGGAUUUGGCUGGUUGCCGUAAUAUAGUUUGCGGAAAACUUUGCAAUAGUCAAAUUCCACGGAAUUCUUGAUUAUGUGCUGCACUUGCCUCUUAUCAAGAUAAUUUCUAGCAGUGAAGCAUGAUUCUCUUAUGUCAUGUAGUAGUAUUUAGAUGUUAAGAUGCUGUGUGAAUAAACGCAAGGACCCGAGCUUACAAGUGGAAAAAAAGAUCAUACUCAUUUUUUGCAGUACUACGAUGUUAAUGUCAUGUCAUAGUAUGUGCUGAAUUUGAGCGUUCCUUGUUUUUAACCUUUUAUUGUUGAAUGGGUUAUAGAAUGGAACCUAUUUCAAUGGGUUUCUUUUUGAGUGCCGAAAUUUAUAUUGAUUCCACUCGAUUGAUUGGUGAAGCUUCUUGCUGGGAGUUCUUUUUAAGGAAUAUAGAGGAAAGGUAUAGACGGGUAGCCUGAUGGGAUUUCUUCCUUGGGAGUCAGAGGAACCGGUAGCAAAUGGGAGCUCAUCUAUUUGGAUGAUAAGCCACCACCACAGCUUCUCUGCCACCUUUCAGGUAAACCCUGAUAUGGUUCCAGAGUAUAAAUCAAAUAUGGUACAAAGGCAUUUCAUCUCAGCUAGGAGACACAUCAUAAGACCAACCGAUCAAGGUUAUGCCCAAGGUUACAAUAUCAUGUUUACAGAUUGCUUCACGUUUCUGAUAGCCUCUCAGGACUCACUGGAUGCACUAAAUGAGAAUCUUAAAGAACAUGUACCAAUGAACCAUUUCAGACCAAAUAUUUUAGUGGAUGGAUGCCAACCAUAUUUGGAGGACCCAUGGAAAAUCAUAAAGAUAAACAACCUAAUAUUUGAAGGCGUGAAGCUAUGCAACCAUUGCAAGUCAGUUUAUGUCUUUCAAGAGCCCAAUAUGCCAGACAUUGUUGUAAAUGACUAAUGCACGAACAAAUGAGGUGAUGGUGACUGCCAAUAUUCAUUCGGUUCUUUUUAGAAAAUAUAUCAAUGCCACGUGUAAACAUUAACUAUAAAUAUAAAAUUCUUAUUCAUGACUUUUUUAAAACAUGUGCGCGCACAUGGGCACGUGCUGUACGGUGACCGGUCCUACCUGCCGAGCCUCGUCCUCUCCAUGCGGUACCUGCACAGCGCGCUCGCCGCAAUGGGGUUCCAGGGGAGCGUCAAGGUCUCCUCCGCGCAUGCCUCUCUUACGUGCUUGCAACACCGCCGGCCCUCAGGGUGCCGUCGCCCUCAAGCUUGCCGCUCCUCGUCGCCGACGCGGCGGGCUCCUCGUCCUCACAGCUGCCCAUCCGGGCCUCCCCGGCCGUGGUUCACGUCGAACCCGCGUACGAAUGGCGUUGCAGGGACACGCAGUCGCCGUCUCCCAGUUCCAAAUCGGUAACCGGCUGCAUUGCCUGCCGCCGGCAUUGUAGCAGUUAGCAACUGAAAAGGAGGAUCUUUUUCGGGUAGACCUUUACAAGUUUAGAUUUGGAAUCAUUAGGUGUUUUCAAAUACAAUUUUGGGAUAUGUCUUUUUGGCAUCUAGGUGUUCUCAAAUUCAAUUUUGGGACGAUAUGCCUUAUUUGCAUCUGCUGUUUCCAAAGUUCCUUGUUUUUUGAACGAGAUAGUGAGCUUAGUACAUUAAGCAUGAGAGCUUAUAACUGGCUCAUUUUUCAGCUGGGUACUUACCAAUUGCUGUGGCUGCGGUACCAUUGAAGGUUAAUUUGGUCGACCUUGUGACAGGAUUAUCACCUGCUUUAGCUUCCUUUUUCUCUGUUUGCUAACAAAAAAAAAAGUCUAACGACAAGAUGAUCCAUAUGUGCAGUUCGUGAUGCUUGUUUCGAUCUGUUUUGGUCAAUUCUUGCUUCUUCUCUUAAAUGAACGAGCAGCGCUCCUGCUUACUUUUUAAAAUAAAAAACUUCUCUGAGCACAUUAUUAUAUCGGCAUCUUCCUACCUGACAAAGGGUUGCAGGGUAGUUUAGCGUGUCCAUUAUAUGUUCUAGUGACAAACUAGAAAUAAUCGCGGCGUUGCCGCGUAUGGCCAGUGUGUAUGUUUUAGGGUUAGGGUGAUUGGAUGAGUAUGUAGGUUAGCUAUGCGUCGAUGUAGCUGUCGCUAUAUAUAUCUAUGCGUGUUUAUAUAUUUGUAUCUACGACAUAUAUUGCAAGUAUGUUAUGUUAUUUGUGUAUCUUCAUUUCAAGUAUUUAUAUGUGUGACAUGAUGUACUUGUAUGUGCGAAUGUACGGAAUAUCAUGUACCAUA